AUGUCUAUCUUCGCAAAUCAUGAUGCCAUUCAUAUGAAUCAUGGAGUCUCAGACGAAUCCGUUUUAUAUACACAUUCGUAUUUAAUUCCUCCACUAAACCAACUGGAAAAUGAUAUUCUUAAACCAGAUCCAGAUAUUCUUACAUGUGUACAGUCUAAUAGGUCUCAUUCACCUAGUCAGCAAAUAUAUGAUAUGCUUGAUAGUACAGUUCUUUGUGAUAAUCCAAUCCAAACCAUAACUAAUUCCUCAUGCAAAUCUCAAAUCUCACCAAAAUCUAGUUCUUGCGACACAAGUAACGCCAAUUUAAAUGUCGAUAUAAAACCCUCUUUCAUUUACACUGACCAUCCUCAAAUAAUUAAUCAAUCCUUCUUAACAGAUCUUCACAAUCAUACUGAUAUUCGUACGGUUACUUCGGAUACUAACCUUAAUCUUUGUCCUAUAGCUGAUUCAAUUAACAGUACUCAUCUUCAGGAACUUGUUUAUAACACACCUCAAAAAUUUCCUCAUAUGUUACCUCCCAAUACUCACCAACACACUGUGUACCCUGAUAAUGUAGUAUCAGAACCAUUCACUUGUCUGCUUGCUUCUGGGAGUUCAAACGAAACCUCCACAUCUUAUUUACCCCAGGUUACAAAAGUUGAGACUGAUUCUCUUACUGUUUCUCAGUCUCCAACGUUGUUGUUUGCCGAUCCUAACAAGACAAAACGUGAGAGUAGAGAAUGUUUCCUUGAACAAAUUCCUUCCGAAUCGGCUAGCCAGUCUUCAUCAGCUACUUCUGUAAAUACAACUAAUUUGAAUCCAAUUUGUGUAAUUUGUGGUGAUAAAGCCAGUGGCAAACAUUAUGGUGUGAUUUCAUGCGAAGGAUGUAAGGGGUUUUUUAAACGAACAGUGCGUAAACAAUUAGUAUAUGUUUGUCGGGAAUCAGGUCAAUGUCCUGUAGACAGACGGAAGCGUACACGUUGUCAGCAUUGCCGUUUUGAGCAGUGCUUAGCAAAGGGAAUGAAGAAGGAAGCUGUUCAAGAAGAGCGUCAUCGCCAACCAUCAUCAAAUCCAGUGCCUUCAAUUCCUAAGCCGCCAAAGAGUGAAAAGAAAGGUCAUGGGCGUCGUUCAGCAUUUAGUAACAAAUCUGCUGACUCAAUUGUUACUGAUCAGCAUCCGAACAUUAAUCAUGAUUCACCACCUAGUAUUUCUACGACCGUUACCACUACUGACUGUGUACAAUCGAAUCAAGUUAAAUCCGAAAGUUCAACUACCUGUAUUCAAUCUAAUGAUGUACUGCUAUCCGACGAAACAGAUCUACCUAAUUUAACAUUACGAUGUUUACUUUCGGCUGAAUUAAGCAUGGAUCCUAAAUUGGCUGUAUCAGAAAGAGGCGAAGCAAUUUAUGAAGAUAUACCUGGUGAUGAUAAUAAUGGUUUACAUCCAUUGACCAUAAUCUGUCAGUCUAUUGAACAACAAUUACCUCGAAUAGUUCAUUGGGCUCGUCAGUUACCAGUAUUUUCAUCUGCCUAUCUUAGUUUUGAUGAUCAGUUCUGUUUAAUAAAAGCUGCUUGGCCUGAAUUAGUUCUAAUCAGCUCAGCAUAUCAUUCAACUGUUAUUAGAGACGGUCUACUUUUAUCAAUUGGACGUCAUCUUGGUAGGGAGGUGGCUAAAUCACAUGGUCUAGGCCCUCUUGUUGAUAGAAUUCUUCAUGAACUUGUUGCACGUUUUCGUGAUUUAUCAUUACAAAGAACUGAAUUAGCUUUACUACGUGCUAUUAUUCUUUUUAAUCCUGAUGCUAAUGGCUUAUCAUCACGUCAUCGAGUAGAAGCUGUCAGAGAGCAGCUUUAUUCAGCUCUUCAUUCGUAUUGUACGACUAAUCAACCCCAAGAUACUUCCCGUUUCACAAAAUUACUACUAAGAUUACCUCCUUUACGAUCCAUCGCAUACAAGUGCCUUGAACAUUUGGUAUUUGUCAAAUUAGCAGCUGAAGACCCAACAAGUUGUCGUUUGAUCAAUCUUGUUGAACAUGGUGUUUGGCCUAUACAAGAGAAAAGUUUUGAACUUGCCACUUUACCAUCCGAUAGUGCAUCUACAGACUCAGUGCCAAGUCAAAUUACUAUGGUCCCUACUCCUCAGUACAUUCAACAUCAAGAUGAUAAUUCACUACCAACCAGUAGUCAUACUGAUCUCUCUUACACACACACAUUACCAAAUUUCCACACAGUUCAGAAUUAUCCGUUUUGA